AUGUGUAUCCAGGUGUCUGGUCCUCCAGGGUGCCCACCAGGCGGUCCCAUCCCACCGUCUGGAGGUCUUCUUGGGGCUCGUCCCGGCAUGAUCCCCCUCCAGCGCCCCCCAGUCCACUCUCCUGGUCCGGUCCUCCCCCCACCUCACAUGCAGCGCUUCCCUCCUCCCCACGGUGGCCCACAUGGCCCCCACCCGCCUCGGGGCCCCCCCCACCACAACAUGCCACCCCAGAUGAUGCCCCCCCACAGGGGUCCCCACCCCCCCAUGAUGCACCACGAUGGCCCCCCUCCGCCGCCCGGCGGCCCAGGAGGGUUUGGGAUGGGCAUGCCCCCUUCCCACCCCAUGAGGGGUCCCUUCCCUCCCCACGGGCCCCUCCCUGGGGGGCCCCCACCACCGUUCAUGAGGGGGGGGCCUCGAGGGCCAGAGGGGCCAGAGGAGAUGGAGGGGAGGGGGCCGUUCAGGGGGGAGAGGCCUGGGUUUAGGGACAGAGAUCCAGACAGGGACUGGGAGAGGGAGAGAACCCUCUAA